CUUUCCUCUUGUCUUCCUCCACCUCUUGAGCAAGCAGCCAUGAGCUGGGUUGUGGGCAGCCUGCGGGCCAGCCAGAGAGUGAGCGUGGCAGGAGUGACAUUCCCGCUGCCGGGGGUGGCUCUGCGUCCCCGUCUGGCAGCCCAGGGCCCUCUCAGGGGCGCCUGGCUCUUCACUCCCGUGUCCGAAAUGGCGACUGUGAAGAGUGACCUUGUGAAGAGUUUAGCUCCAGAGAAGGCCGCUCAUCACAGUAAGAUCUCCAUCGUAGGAGCUGGGGCGGUCGGCAUGGCCUGUGCUGUCAGCAUCUUGUUAAAAGGCUUGAGUGAUGAACUUGCCCUUGUAGAUGCUGAUGAAGACAAACUGAAGGGGGAGACCAUGGAUCUGCAGCAUGGCAGCCCUUUCGUGAAAAUGCCAAAUAUCGUUUGCAGCAGAGACUACCUUGUCACUGCCAACUCUAACCUGGUGAUUAUCACAGCCGGUGCACGCCAAGAAAAAGGAGAAACACGCCUUAAUUUACUCCAGCGAAAUGUGGCCAUCUUUAAAUUAGUGAUUUCCAGUAUCAUCCAGUACAGCCCCCGCUGCAAACUGAUUGUUGUUUCCAAUCCAGUGGAUAUCUUAACUUACGUAGCCUGGAAGUUGAGUGCAUUUACCAAAAACCGUGUUAUUGGAAGUGGCUGUAAUCUGGAUACUGCUCGUUUCCGUUUCUUGAUUGGGCAGAAGCUUGGUAUCCACUCUGAAAGCUGUCAUGGGUGGAUCCUCGGAGAGCAUGGAGACUCAAGUGUUCCUGUGUGGAGUGGAGUGAACAUCGCUGGUGUCUCUUUGAAGGAUCUGAACUCAGAUAUAGGAACUGAUAAAGAUCCUGAGCAGUGGGAAAAUGUCCACAAAGAAGUGAUUGCCAGUGCCUAUGAGAUUAUUAAAAUGAAAGGUUAUACUUCUUGGGCGAUUGGCCUAUCUGUAGCUGAUUUAACAGAAAGUAUUUUGAAGAAUCUUAGGAGAGUGCAUCCAGUUUCUACCAUAAUCAAGGGCCUGUAUGGAAUAGAUAAAGACGUAUUCCUCAGUGUUCCUUGUAUCCUGGGAGAGAAUGGUAUUACAGACCUUAUAAAGAUAAAACUGACCCCUGAAGAGGAGGCCCGUUUGAAAAAGAGUGCAAAAACACUUUGGGAAAUCCAGAAGGAGCUCAAGCUUUAAAGUUGUCCAAAACUACUAUUCUGAAGUUAUUGAAGGAGAGAAUAUAUGUGGGAUUGCAUAUGUCAAACUUCUGAAUAAACUUUAAUUCCUAAAAGUUGGAAAUAAGAAAAUGGGUAGAGGAAUUUCCCUGUUUAUUUAGUUGUCUCCAGCUCUUUUAUUUAGCAUCCAGAUGCUGGAUGAUACUUUUUACACUUUGUAAGUGACUGCAUCAAAGAAGGUAUUGUUGGUGCCUCUGUACUAGUACUUCCCUUGUA